UUUUUCUCUUUUCGAACAGGUCGUCUACCAAACUCGUGGAACAACAGACUUAUGCCACGUCAGGACUUCAUUUCUAGCUAACUAACUUCUAUGACAGCUGUUUAGGGUAAACUGCAUACGACUUUUGGCUCUCGGUGAGCUUUACCGAAUACAUUGCUCGCAUGUUUUUGAGUUUCAGACGAAUCAAAAGACAGUAUUGGCUAGUGUUAGCUAGCUAACGUCGUUAGCUGUAUGUGCGUGUGUCAGCUGUCUCUCCUAAACAGACGCUAGCAACAUUUUGAGUCCAGUUGACUUGUUAAAAUGGAGAACAAAUAUAACCUCAAGAGCCCAGCUGUAAAGAGGCUGAUGAAGGAGGCAGCUGAACUGAGGGACCCCACAGAGCACUACCACGCCCAGCCACUGGAGGAUAAUCUGUUUGAGUGGCACUUCUCUGUCCGCGGGCCCCCUGACUCGGAUUUUGACGGUGGGGUUUACCACGGCAGGAUCGUGCUGCCCCCGGAGUACCCCAUGAAGCCCCCCAGCAUCAUUCUACUCACACCCAAUGGGAGAUUCGAGGUGGGGAAGAAGAUCUGUCUGAGCAUCUCCGGCCACCACCCAGAGACAUGGCAGCCAUCUUGGAGCAUCAGAACGGCAUUAAUAGCUAUAAUCGGAUUCAUGCCAACCAAAGGAGAGGGUGCAAUCGGAUCUCUUGAUUAUACCCCAGAGGAGAGGAGAGCCCUUGCCAAAAAAUCCCAGGACUUCUGCUGUGAGACUUGUGGCUGCUCCAUGCACUUAGCCCUCCUGGCUCCCUCCCCUACCAACCCCAGCCCAGAGGACCAAGAGGACCAAGCGCUCGCCCAGCAGAUCAACUUCAAGGCAGAGUCCAGGCAGGGCAGUGAGAGCACAGGGGCGGAGAGUGGGCCCCCAACAGAACCCCAGGGAGAGACAUCCACCUCGGGGAGACAGGAGGAAGAAGAGAACGCCCAGGCUGAGCAGGCCGAGGCGGCUCCAGCUGCCAGUGAGGAGGAGGUGAGUCCCCCAGCCCCCAGCAUCCACCAGCGCCGGGCCCAGCAGCAACAGAGAGACCAGAUAGAGGCCCCCAGCAGGCCCACAUUCCCCGCCUUCCCCCACCCUCCUCAGGACGCCAGCCACAUGGGCUCUGUGGUGCUCAUCGUGGUGCUCACCCUGCUCCUGGCUGCCCUCAUCUUCCGCAGGGUCUACCUGACCAACGAGUACAAGUUUGACUACGAGCUGUGACGAGACUAACCUUAACCUCCCCAGACCCACCACCCCCCUGAGUCGAAUGAGUUAACCGCCCCUCCUACCACCUGACCUGACACCCUAGCUGGCAACAAACUGACUUUGUCUUUACCGUGUCAGCCUAGAGCGUGGACAGCCCCCUCCUCUGUUAAUAGAGGGUUAGGCAUAGCCUUGGUGACUUUCUCUCACUAAGUAAAGAGGGCUUGGUUUACAAUGAGGGUAACUUGCAUUCCUUUGGAGGAUGGGGUUGACCACAACACCUCCAAGGUGUCUUCUGUUACUUUGAAUUUACUCUAGAAUGUACUACAUUUUUAAGAAUGGGAGUAUUGUAUCCAAACCUCCCCAGAGGAGAGACUCUGAAUCAGACCUGGGUUCAAAAACUAUUUGAAAUCUUUCAAAUACUUUGUUUUUGCUCUAGCCUGCCUGGGAUGCCAGUUGUUUUGUUUUGGGAUUAUCCUUUUGGUCCAUGUAGCCAGGCAAGCUCAAGCAAGCACAGAUAAAGUAUGUGAAAUGAUUUCAAAUAGUAUUUGAACCCAGGUCUGCUCUAUAUCUCCUUUUUAAUUUGUCAGGCAUCUGUUUAUCAUACGGACUGCUGAUUGCUCUCAAUAUUUAGACAAGAAUGCCGUGUCAUAUAACAUGUAAACAAUGAAGGAUAUUAAAUUGUCUCAAAAUAAUUAUUUAAUUGUGCACAGGGAAGCAAUAUGCAUAACAUAUUGUAUAUAGAUAAGAUGCUAACAAUUUCUGCUCAACUGUUACGUCAUUUACAUUUCUGACUGGCUAGCCAAUGCUCUGGCUGUUCCUACUUAGCAGCAGCAUAUACAACCUAGCUAGUAUCCGUACUGUACGUCUGUCAAUCUUAUAGCCUGAGUGCCAGUCUGUUCCUGCUCUCUUGCCAACUUUGUCAAUCAUGUGCUUAAAUGAAAGGGAGAUUAUAAGAGCCUGUACGACUAUAGCCUACCUUUUGAAGUCCUCAAAAGAAAUGGGAUUGGGGACUAAUGCAGAGGUUUAAAUGUUGUGUGCACAUUUUACUUCAAAGCAAAUAUAAUGACCAGAGUAGGUCCUCUCGUAAGUCGGGGUCUCAUGAUAUCUGAAACAUGGAAGACAGCUUGGUUCAUGUGCAUACUGAAUUCAUUGCAGACAGGUUCACUGUUUCAAGUCUCAAGAUGUCAUUUACACAUCUAUCCAUCUUUUCAGAUUGUAUUUUAACCCAACGUACGGUAGGUAGGAACAUUGUAUCAGAAAAUAAAUGCCUUGGAAUUUUUUAUUA